GGAGCAUGUAAUCGAUGAUUUUAUUUUAUUGGCAUUUUUUAAGCAUCUAAUUUAUAAUACGUUGUGCUCAGUAUAUGCUCUAUUGAUAGUCUCGGGGAUUAAUACACAUAGCAACAGAACCCAAUUUGCUAGACAGUAUCCUGAGCACUCGCACAGUCCUCUGUGAACAAAAGAAAAUGAUAUAACUAUGGCGGUAUGUUCAUAAUUAUUUAUACUAUUCAAAAACACUUCGUAAAUCUGUUAAAAUCGCGGAAUAUAUCCCCAUCAACCGUGGAGCACCAACUCUAGGGUAGCAACAGCAUUCCCAUGUGCAACGGCACUCUCACGCCCGUGUGGACCCCUAGAAGAGCUGCCUCGGCACCCCACGACCGCAGCCGGGCCGACGCAAGACUCCGGCCGGUCUACGAUGCAUUAGAUUCUCUCGCCAUCCUCAACCUCUGCUAUCCCGCACCGGCUCUGCUUCACGCUUUAUAAUCUGCCAUCCGAAUCCAUAACCCGACCGUCUGAACCUUGUCAUCGCCGUAUUACUCCUUGAUAGUCACCAACCACCGCCACCAUGUCCGCCCCUCUCGCCGCCUACUCGUCCUACGAGUUCAUGCUCGUCACCUCCCCCGCGCCGUUUGUCGCACACCUCGAAAUCAACCGCCCCAAGAAGCUCAAUGCCUUUUCCCAGCAGGUGUGGCUCGAGUUUGGCCGCGUCUUCCAGCAGCUCAGCGAGGACAGCGAUGUCCGCGUCGUUAUCCUGAGCGGUGCCGGUGACCGUGCCUUCACUGCCGGUCUGGAUGUCCAGGCCGCCGCUACCGACUCGCCAUUCUCCGGCGAUAAGCAGGAAUUGGACCCUGCGCGCAAGGCCAAGCUGCUUAGACCGCACAUUGACGAAUUCCAAAGCUGCAUCUCGCAGAUGGAAAAGUGCGAGAAGCCCGUCAUUUGCGUCAUGCACGCCGUCUCCAUUGGCCUGGCCAUCGACAUCUCUUGCUGCGCUGAUAUUAGAAUCGCCGCCGCCAACACCCGCCUCGCGGUCAAGGAGGUGGACAUUGGUCUGGCUGCCGACAUUGGCACGCUUGCCCGCCUGCCCAAGAUUGUCGGCUCGACGUCAUGGGUCAAGGACGUCUGCCUGACUGCCCGCGACUUCUCGGCGCAGGAGGCCCUUGCUGUGGGCUUCGUCAGCCAGGUGCACGACACAAAGGCCACAGCUAUUGAGGCUGCCCAGAAGAUUGCUGUCUCGCUGGCCAGCAAGAGCCCCGUCGCCGUCCAGGGCACCAAGGAGCUGCUCAACUACGGCAGAGAGCACAGCACCGCCGACAGCCUGCGCUACACUGCCAUCUGGAACUCGGUGGCUCUGCAGGGCGAGGAUUUCCCCAAGGCCAUGAUGAGCGGACUGGCCAAGACGAAGCCUACCUUUUCCAAGCUGUAAAAAAAAUUGUCACGAUGUACAUGUAAAGCGAGUUCUUUAAAAAAUAGAUCUUUUCCCUGAUUAUAAAAACUUUUUCUUCAAUUCAUAAUUCGUAAGAGUCGUUGGUAUAUGUACAGGAUGGUUGUAGUUAUUUACUCGGAUCCAGAUUCGUCGACAGGUGGGAGGUUUUCCUUUAAUCGCUAGAACACGGCCAUUCGCGUUAGCAGGUGAGGGCGAGCUGAGAGAAGGGGCAGAAGCAACGUACGUCUUCGAGCUUUGACUUGAGAAGGGCGACCAUGUUCUCUUUAACCACGACGCGCUCCUCGUCAAGAUCCUCGAUGAUGAAGUCGUGGUUGUCGCUGUCAAUGUUCACGAUGAUGGACUUGAUGGAGGGAUCGCAUUCGAUCAAGACGCCUGCAGUGGCUGUUAUUAGCGGGCGUAUUGUAGCUCUCGAAGAGUUGGACAUACCUCGGAUGGCACGAGGCAUAGUGUACGGCGCGGGUCGAGGCAGCAAGCAGCAGCCUGUACAGAAUCUCGAUUCGUGAUGGGAUGGUGAUCGUGACAGGCGUGCGGUCGGAAAGCUUGGUAGUGGUGGGGCGGGUAACGUGUAGUGGUUGGUUGGUUGGUGGCAGAACUGCAGGAGUGGCUGUCAGCGCCUGGAGCUGGCUCGGCUUGCCUAGCGCUAGUGGUUACAGCGGGUGCAGGCGGUUGAUUGGCACACUUUGAAGGGCCUCCAGGAUUGUGACGGCACAAGGACGGGACCAAAGAUAAAACGGGUUUGGACAAAGGUUCAUGCCAUGACAAAUGCGCCAAGCGUGCAUAAUAGUUGCAGCUUUUGGGGAUAAGCCACUAUGGAAUCCUGUCGGCCAACAUCCGCAGCUGGCGAUAUGCUGUCAGUUGCGAAUGAAUUAUUGGCAGUAUGGCUAUUGUAUGGACCAUGCAUGGCAACUAUUGCAUCUACAGUAGGAUCGGCCAACGUGCUGCCAGUAUUGCUUUUUUCCCUCUGGGCUUUUU